AUGGUUGUUGAUAUAUUAGAUACCAAGGUCAUCUACUCUAUUGCUGGUAAUUGUUUUGUUAAAAGUUUUACCUCUGGAAAUGAUAUUUUUGGACAUAUCAAAAAUUUUAUCAAACCAUUACUUGAAAGAAUAUCAAGACAAAUUAAAAAGUUACUUUUUAUAAGAAAUUAUAUUUAUUUAACUGAUGAUAUAGAAUUAUCAAUAGAUUCAUUGUUACAGUAUAUUAUAAAUUCAACAUCAACAUUAAGUAUGAUACAUUUUGACAAAAUAAAUAUGUACCCAACACUUUGCCCAUACUUUUUAUCAUUUGGUAAAGAAAAAAAUAAUGAUGUUCAGAUACUUCGAUUUACAAAUUGUAGCUUUGAUGAUAUUGCUCCCUGUGAAUCAUUACAUAAAUUAAUUGAGUACUUGUCAAAUAUAUCGUUAAUUGAAGUUAACCCAACACCUUGUGAUUCGGGUUAUGACUUUGUUAAAGCAAUGAUUUCAAUUAAACAAAAAACACCAACUAUUCGAAUAAUAGACAAUUGUUGUUUUGAUAUACGUUAUGAAGAAAAAAUUGAGUAUAGCGAAGGUAUCGUACGCUCAGGUGGAAAUAUUACAAAUUCAUUUAAUUAUACAACUAUCUGUAAAUGUAAUGAAGAUGAAUGUCAAUUUUGGAAAAAUUUAUGUAAAUUACAUAGUGCCGGUCUUAUUUCUAAUAAAAGUAUGAAAAUAAAUGAUAUUAAAAAUUUAAAAUUUUAUGAUGGAAAUUGUAUACAUAAAAAGAAACAAGAAAAAAUUAAUAUUAUUAAUUUUGAAAUAUAA